UGAUGGCCUAUGGCAGUAGGUUGAAAACGUUUGUUAACAAAGGAUUCUCUCAGCAAAAUGUUCAAGUGUUGUAGUAAGAUUGUAAUUCAGAAAGCGUAUUUGUUGUCAUUUUUGCAAUAUUGAAAUCAUUUUCGUGCCUUUUAUAUUCGUCGCUCUUGCCGCAUAUUCUGUUAAGAAUAUGGAAGAUAUUGGGUCUAAACGACAAUUAUCUCAAUCUUUUAAAAAUAAGAAGAGACAAAAUGAUAUCACUUUAAAAUGGUUAGGAGAAAAUUAUUGUUCUUACGAAGGUGUAUGUUUACCACGAGGAAUCGUUUACGAACAUUAUUUAGAUUUUUGUCGCAAAGAAAAGCUGCAACCCACUUGCAAGGCAACAUUUGGAAAGAUAAUCAGAAUUAAAUUUCCUAAUGUGACUUCAAAGAGAUUAGGAGCCAGAGGACAUUCCAAGUAUCAUUAUCAUGGAAUCGGUAUUCGAGAAAACAGCGAAUAUUAUGAAACAGUAUACACUAAUAGAGGUCUAACCAGGUUUUCCGGUUGUAAGAUGAAAAACGAGGGCGGAUUUACUAGAAAGUAUACAUUAAGUACUCGAACCGGAACUCUUCUUCCAGAGUUUCCGGUAGCUUCUCAUUUGAAAAUCCCUGAAACUAUACAACCGGAAUUGUUGCAGAUAUUUUUAACCAUGUACAAGACUCAUUGCCAAUGCGUAUUGGAUACCACUAUAGGCGGAAAUUUCGAAGAAAUAAGAAGCUACUUAUUGCAUUUUUGGCAAGGCCUUCCAGAUCAUUUGCUUCCUCUAGUCAAACACCAAUUUGUCAAUGAUAUUGUUGCAGUAUGCGAUUGGAUCUUGUAUAAAACUCUAAUAGACGUAUUAAUUCCUUCUACGUUACAAGAGAUGCCAGAAACGUUAUUGUGUGAGAUCAGAAAUUUGGCUCAUCACUGGAAAACAUGGUUGACUUCCUCGUUAGAAAAACUUCCAGAAGGUCUAUCCAAAGCUAAACUACCGGUAGCGAAUCUUUUUUCAGUGUCUUUGAAGAGACAAGUAUCAUUUCUCCACCUGGCUCAAAUUACGCGUCCCAUUUUAUAUGACCAGAGACAUAUCAAGGCCAUAACAGAAGAUGUGGAAAAUGUUGAGUUAUCUACAAUUAGUACUUUAUAUACAUCUGGAGAUUGCAACGGCGAAAUCUGUUUUAACACUGAAUUUUUUCGUCAGUUUAAAGACCAACUUAGGCGACAAGCAACAAUUGAAGGAUUUAUCGAGUGGAUGGACGAAUUAGUUGAAAAGAAAGUAUUGAAGCUAGGAAAGCAAGAAAAUUUUCGACAGAGAGCCCAAGAUUUUCUUUUAAAAUGGUCCUUUUUCGGUGUACAAAUUAUGUAUAGUAUGACCAUGAAUAACGCUGAAAAUUUUGCUUCUUUUCACUUGCUUCGAUUGCUGCUAGAUGAAUACUUAUUACUAACAAUGGAGUCUCAGUUCGAGUACGAAAAAGAAACAGAACUACAAGCGCUUCUUCAGAGUUAUUUAAAAAAUCCUGAUAACAAUGGAAACCAAUUAUUUUCGGCUCCAACAUCUUGUUAUUUGGUUCAACGACAUCAGCUGUCACCUGGAGUUACCAAUCAUUGGCAGAAAAAUCAAGAAGGUAAAAAAGAAAGACGACAACCUGUAGCAACUGUCAGACCUACUCGAAUCAUCAAUCGCUUGAUAGAUGAUAGUGUUACAUCCGAUACAAGGCGCUACAAUAAUCGAACCAGUCAAUCAGAGAAUCAUUCCACAUGGUAUUUCAAAGAUUCGCACUGCUACGCAAACCAUGGCCAGAAUUACGGAGGAGAAAUUAGCCAAAGUUUACCAUUACAACAUUUUCACAAUGCAACCACCAGACAGAUAAGUUCUCAAUCAUAUUCCAUGUAUUAUCAGCAACUGCCUGAAGAAAUGUAUAACAACACUGCCCAGAUUCAACAAGAUAGCUGUAUGCAUUCAGCAAUAAAUUAUUUUCCGUCAGAUGAUUACGGAAAACAAAUUACGAACGGUGAUAAUAUGGCUGCAACAAGAAUGGCUCAUGAUUAUCCCUUAUUUGGAACUCAGAAUUACGGAGAUUAUGCAUCCGAAAGUAAACAUCACCUUGGUAAGAUAAGUGACGAAUACACUUUGCAUAGAAAUAAAUUUCUUAACUUAUUACUUUUACAGUUCAUGGAAAUUAUUACAAUCAUCAGCAGUUCGUUUCCAAUGCAGAUGCUUGCUAUAGGAAUGAAUUAUCCUAUAUUACACCCGAUUUGCCAUCCAUUGGAACAAUGUUUGUUCAAUGAUAAUGCUUUUUACCACUUGGAUCGAUUUGUACAGUUGACAAUAUAGACGAUUCUUAUUUAUUUAUUUAAAUAUCUUCAAAUAAAAAUGUUUAAAUUUCUGUAUCCAAAUUUACUACUUUUAUUUAUAAUUUAUUAAAAUUAUCGGUGAAAUCAGUAAGGGAAGAAUUCGACAAUCUCAAUAAAAUCGUUACAGGAGGAAAUAUGAGAAUUUAUAUUAUUUUCUGCAUUUUCACGCAGAACUUUACUGAAAUUCGUUUUUGCUUUCAUAUGCCCAAAAUUUCCGAUGCAUCCUUUAGAAAUUAUUUUUAA